AUGCCACCAGGAAAUUUCUCUCCAGUAGCCGGCGCUCAACCUGUGGUCGAUGAUCUUUACUUGAAUCUCAACAAAGCCAGUUGUCCAGCUGACAAUCCUUCCACCGCGACUAACCAUUCAAUCUUACCACCUGAUUACAAUCCAGUACCAGAGUUGGAGUUCAACAGCGGAAAUGAAGACAUCCUAGACGAGCACAUCCCAGACAAGCAACCAACUCAAACCACCAAAAAGCCCAAGAAGAAACGCCGUGCGGAAGCCUUGCUCACAGCCGAGGAAAUGGCUCUUGAUUCUGGAAGCGACGACAAUUUGCCAACUCAAACCACCAAAAAGCCCAAGAAGAAACGCCGUGCAGAAGCCUUGCUCACAGCCGAGGAAAUGGCUCUUGAUUCUGGAAGCGACGACGAUUCGGAAAUCCUUGGCCCUUCCAAGAAGAGGAUGAAGCAAUCACAACCCCAGUCCCGCAAAAAUAAAGAGAUCAGAUCUAACAACAUCUGGCGUCGCAACUUAGAGAUGAUGAAGCGAAAAGAGGCUGCUGACGCCAAGGUAAUCAGAAAGCAAGAAGUACAAGCCGCGAAGCUAUUUGAACAGCAAAAACUUGAGAAGGAGCAUAUACAAGCACAAAUUGUUGAACGUAGCAAAUUCGCUCAAAGCCUUAUUUUAUCUGGCAAAUCUCCUCAAGAAGUUACAGAUUACCUUGCUGCAGUAUUUCCUGCCUUUGGAACCGAUUCUCUUGCUGUUGCCUCAUCUGAACAAUCUUUACUGAUUUCCUAUUUUCCUCAUCUUCCAAUCAUCUCACAGGACAUCUAA